AUGGCCGAGCCGAGUCCAGGCGAGUAUUUAAGGAGCCGCGCUGCGCCUUCAGCACCACUCCGCUGUCCAGCGUCCCGACGCGAGCACGCUUCAGCUUCAGCCACCGAGCACCAGCAGUCUGCAGCCAUGCCGAGAUCUUUUCUGGUGGAUUCCUUGAUUUUGAGGGAGGCCAACGACAAGGGGAGCGAGAACCACGCACCGUUAUUCCCCUACGCCGUGCACUCGCCGCACCACCCGCACGGGCUGGCGGGCUCCUGCCACUCCAGGAAAGCCGGGCUGCUGUGCUUCUGUCCGCUGUGCAUGGCCGCGUCGCAGCUCCACCCGUCCCCGCCGUCCCUGCCGCUGCUCAAGGCGUCCUUCUCUCCCUUCAGCUCGCAGUACUGCCACUCGGCUCUGUCCAGGCAACACGCCUCCUCCAACGGCGUCAACCUCAGCCACGCACCGGGGAUAUACCAAGCUGCGUACUCGGUGCCAGACCCGCGCCAGUUCCACUGCAUCUCUAUCGAAAACAGCAACAGCAAACUUCAGAGCAGUAAGCGCAUGCGCACCGCCUUCACCAGCACGCAACUUUUGGAGCUGGAGCGCGAGUUCACCUCCAACAUGUACCUGUCCAGACUGAGGCGCAUUGAGAUCGCCACGUACCUGAACUUGUCCGAGAAACAGGUGAAAAUCUGGUUCCAGAACCGCAGAGUGAAGCACAAAAAGGAGGGAAAGAGCAGCGGCCAAAGGAGUGGAUCACAUAACUGCAAGUGUUCGUCCCUGUCGACGGCGAGAUGCUCGGAGGAAGAGGAGGAUGACAUGCCCAUAUCCCCGUCCUCGUCCGAAAAGGAGGAUGCAGACCUCUCCGUCUCCCCCUGA